AAGUAUUUUUCCAAAAUAUACAAGAAAAAGAAGAGGAGAUUUUGAAUUUUUAAAGGUUAUGUUGAGAGAGUGGCGUUUUUAAUACUUAAAAAUGGUUUUACUAAAAACAAACGACUUUGAUUUAUAUAUUGCAUUCUCUGAUAACAUUAUUCGGUACAAUACAGAAGAUUUAAGUGACAUUCACGUAAAAAUCCAAAAACCAGCAAUUCCGGAUAAUUUAAAGCAGAGCCAAAUAGAAGUAAUAAAUAAAGAACAUAGGACAAUUACAUCUUUAGAAUUUUCUCCAUCAGGAAAAUAUAUCGUUGUAUCAACAGAAAAUAAACAAAUCAUAGUGUAUGAUAAAAAUUUCAAUACUAUAAAAAAUAUGAUAGCAAAUCGUUCUCCCAGCAAAGCUUGUUUUACUCCAUCAGAUGACAUUAUAAUAGCGGAUAAAACAGGUGAUGUUUAUCUGUAUAAACUGCAGGAUGAAGAGAAUAAACCUGUAUUACUAUUAGGACACUUGAGUGUAAUUUUAGACAUAGCUAUAAGUGAUUGUGGCAAAUACAUUAUAACCAGUGAUAGAGAUGAAAAAAUUAGAGUGUCACACUUUCCAAACUGUUAUAACAUCGCCAGUUAUUGUCUAGGUCACACUGAAUUUGUUAAUAAAAUUCAAGUGGUCAAUAAUGUACUAGUUUCAGCUUCAGGAGAUGGAACCAUCAGGUUUUGGGACUUUUUGAGAGGCACCCAAUUAGGAAUUAUCGAUACUAAUAUUGCUAUUGAACAAAAAGAUCUUUUGCAUACAUUUUUCGAACAAAUGAAUAAAGAAAAAGUUGAAGUACAUGCUCUUCCAAUCACUGAUAUGCAAAUUCGAGUUGGAAAUAUCACAUACAUAGCCAUUUCUAUGUAUAAUUAUGAUUAUAUUCAUUUAUAUUGUACAGAUUUUUCAGAUUUUAAUUCAAAAUUAAUUACUAAAUUAAAGGUUGAUUCUGCCUUCAGUUUUUGCUUGAGCAGUAAUUUGUAUGUUUUUCAAAAUCAAUUUAGUAGUUUUAAACUAGUGAAUGGUAUGGUUGAAAAUAUUGAAUGUAAUUUGGACAAACUUCAUCAAAAAUACAGUUCUUUGUUAACAUCUGUAGAUAAUAGUGGCUUUACUGUACUUUAUAAGCGAAAAUUUGACAAUGUCCAAGAGUAUUUAGAAAGAAAAAAACAAAGAUCGUAAAUAAAACAAC